CAGCUGUAUUACCAUUUAUUCUUCCAAUUGUUUGUUGGAUCCGAGGGCCAAAUUAGUUACGGGCUUCUUUUUACAAAAGCCCAAAUAAAAAAGAGGACCCGGAUACGAGCAAUGAGGCCCAACCAACCAAUGUGGAUAGAAAUGGAUAAGGAUUAAGGGGGAGCCUAGUCGGUCUGAUUCAUUCAUAAAGCGAGAACGAAGUGAGAAUCGUCGCCGGAGAAGAUAAUCGGAGUUAAGAGAGCAAAUAUGGUGACUUGUUCGUUCACGAGCAACUUUUUGGGAUUCAACCAGCACCAGCUAUCGGCAUUAGCCGCCGGGAAUCCACGGCCGAGCUCGUCGAUUCCUCCGCCGAGUUUAGUCACAGUUCAAGCCAAAGCCAGAACCAGACAAGACGACAGGACCGCCCGCCAUGCCCGAAUCAGAAAGAAGGUCGAAGGCACAACGGAGCGGCCGAGGCUUUCCGUCUACCGUUCGAACAAGCAUUUCUACGUCCAGGUCAUCGAUGAUUCCAAGAUGCACACCCUCGCUGCGGCUUCCACAAUGCAGAAGCUGCUCGCGGAAGAGCUCAAUUUCAGCUCGGGCCCAACCAUUGAGGUAGCAAAGAAGGUGGGUGAAGCUAUAGCCAAGGCAUGCUUGGAGAAAGGGAUAACCAAAGUGGCAUUUGAUAGAGGAGGUUACCCGUACCAUGGACGAGUAAAAGCGCUUGCUGAUGCAGCUAGGGAGAAUGGGCUUGAGUUCUGAAAUCGAUUAGGUUAGUCACUUAUGAAGGCUCAUUUUCAUUCAGUCGACAUUGUUGUGAUGCGAUGGAUCUAAGUUGUAGAGUUAGGAGCCUGGCUGUGAUGUUGUUUGAUUAUGCAAAAGUUCCUGUUGUCCUGUUUUACUGUAUUUGAUCUCAAGAACAGCAAGUGAUAAUCCAAUUUAAAAGUUAGCAUUUUUUGCUCCAGUGGUCAGCAGCUUGGUCCUUGAAAAUGUCUGUUCUUUGCGAAAUUAGGACUAUCUUAUUAAAGCUCAUUGCCAAAGCACAGGACUUGGAAAGGAAACUAAAUGAAUGGUGGAAGUAUGAGAAGUUUUAGAGAUUUGUAGGGUUUUGACAGAGAAACAGAUUGGGGAAAAUUGCUCAUGAGUGAGCUUUUCCAUUGAGAGAAGCAUAUAUACACUUCCUUAAACUACCAUUUACACUAACUGUACACUAGCCGUUUAACUAACAUUCUAACUAACCAAUGUUCCAAUACAAAAACGGUGCGUUGCUUUCUACAAGUGGCUAAUUACACAGUAAAACUUGAAACCAAUG